UUAUAGGAAUCAGACCCUGCCAGUCCUUCAAUUCUCCCGACGUUCUGUGUUCUGCAGUCACUGGGCCAUUCAUUUGCCCGUGCAUCGCCUGAGCGUUGCCGUUGUUCUUUCAUCUUUGCAGGAACUCAAAUAGACGGUACCCGCGUGUUUCAACGUGCGGCCAGGGCCAUCUCGUUUCCCCCUCUCCCCCGUAAUUCGUAUUCUUCCAUGCGUCUCCUAGCUGUACUCGGCUCGCUCCUCCUACCGGUGCUCGCCAAUGCACAGUAUCAGAUGGUCAAGGAGUACAUCGGAGAUAGCUUCUUCGACGACUGGGCCUUCUACAAUAACAACGACAACCUGACCAAUGGCAAUGCAUUCUUCGUGAGCGCGAAAGAGGCCUCACAGGACAAGCUCGCAUUCGUAAACGAUGCUGGGAACGCCAUCAUGAAGGUGGAUAACACCUCGAACCUUAACUUUAACGACAACCGCAACACGAUCCGGAUAACGUCGACCGACAGGUUCACUGUAGGAAGCCUCUGGAUCGCGGACAUGCUGCAUGUCCCGUAUGGCUGCUCGGUAUGGCCUGCCUGGUGGUCAUCAGCACCAAACUGGCCAGCGGGCGGAGAAAUUGAUACCCUCGAAGGUGUCAAUCAGGUCACCAUGAGCCAUAUGGCCCUACACACAGCGCCAGGUUGUGUGCAAUCGAACACGUCGGUCGAGACGAGUACCCUCGUUAACACCACAGACUGCUCCACGCUUGCGAAUAACAAUGAGGGUUGCACCGUCACAACGCCAGGCGCGAGCUACGGCCCAGCGUUUGCCGCGGCCGGGGGCGGUGUCUUUGUAACAGAAUUCGCUUCCAAAGGCAUUUCCAUAUGGUUUUUUAAUCGUACCUCACUUCCGCAGUCGUUGCAAGGGAACGCAAGCACGGUGGACACAUCUACCCUUGGCACCCCGACAGGGAACUGGCCUUCAGACGGAUGUAACAUAAACUCUUUCUUUGAGCCGCAGCAACUCGUCUUCGACAUAACCUUGUGCGGAGACUUUGCGGGGACCGCGUCCAUCUUCCAGCAGACAUGCACGGGCAUAUGCUACGAUGAUUGGGUUUUGGGUUCGCCGUCGAACUACGACACAGCCUACUUCGAAGUGCAGUACGUACGCGUGUACGGACAACCGGGAGAGUUGACUGUCAUCCCGUCCGGUGGCGUCCGCUCCGCGGGCACCGCGGCUGUCUUCACCGUCCUCGUGGCUGUUGUGGCGGCUGUAACGCUGGCCUGGUAGAGCAUGACCCUUUUGAAAAGCCUAUUGGAUCGCAUGUGAGAGGCGGAGUGCGUAGAAAAUACCCGCGGACACUGGAUUAUCUCGAUCUAUCACGGACUGUAGACUGCUGUAUACGUAAGAUGCUUUGUAAUGACUGUAGCC